AUGGAAGAUUUGGAGACUAACUUAAUCCAGACACGCAAAGCAUGUAGAAUAGAGCAAAUGGUAGCAAAAUGGCUUCAUCGCUCUGGGGAUGGUGCAUCCAGGAGCAGAGUGUCUGUGACAGACAGCACCACUCAUGGCAGUGGCCAGCCUGCCAGCCGUGUCAAACUUACUGUCACAGUAUACAAAGAUUUGGUCCUCCAUCAGUACGGCUUUGAGAUUUGUCCAAACCUUCCUCUAACGAUUGCAUCUGUCACUGCAGGGAGCACCGCUGACGGGAAGCUGCAGCCAGGCGACCAGCUCCUCCUGAUAAACUCCACCGCAGUGGAUGAUCUGUCUGUUGAACGAGCAGCGGACAUAAUCAGGGAGGCCGGCGACGAACUCCUCCUAACCAUCCUGCGCUGCAUGUCGGGUGGGCCUAAGUCAUCAUUUCUUACUGCAGAGAAGAGGGAAAGGCUAAAAACAAAUCCUGUGAAAGUACGGUUUGCAGAGGAAGUUCUGGUGAAUGGAAGCACACAGGGGAAUUCUCUUCUUUGUAUGCCCAACGUUCUCAAGGUAUACUUGGAAAAUGGACAGACGAAGGCUUUCAGGUUUGAGACAAGCACUACUGUGAAGGACAUUGUUCUCACCUUGAAAGAGAAGCUCUCCAUCCGGAGCAUUGUGCACUUUGCCCUCACUCUGGAGGAGCAGUACAACAUGGCAAAGAUCCACUUGCUGCAUGAGGAGGAGCUCAUUGCACAGGUGGUCCAGAAAAGAGAAUCUCGUGACUACCGGUGCCUCUUCAGAGUUUGCUUUGUCCCAAAGGAUCCCUUAAACCUCCUGCAGGAAGACCCAGUUGCCUUCGAGUAUCUCUACCUGCAGAGCUGUAGUGACGUGCUUCAGGAAAGAUUUGCUCUGGAAAUGAAAUGCAGUGUGGCAUUACGUCUGGCUGCUCUGCUCAUACAGGAGAGGAUCUAUGCUUGUGCUCGGCCACAGAAAGUGUCCUUGAAAUACAUUGAGAGAGACUGGGGAAUUGAAAACUUCAUCUCACCAACAUUGCUUCGAAACAUGAGAGGGAAGGAUAUCAAGAAAGCCAUCAGCUACCACAUGAAGCGGAACCAGGUGCUACUGGACCCUCAGCAGAAGCAUAUGCUCGCAGCAGUCCAAGUGCGCCUGAGCUACCUGCAGAUACUGGGAGACCUGAAGAUGUACAAUGGGAAGAUCUUUAAUGCCACCCUGAUGCUACAGGACAAAGAAUCGUAUAUUGCCUUGCUGGUGGGUGCCAAGUAUGGGGUGAGCCAGAUUAUCAGUAAUAAGCUUAACAUCAUAACCAGUCUGGCAGAGUUUGCAAACAUCAGCAGGGUGGAGCUUAUAGAGGAGUCUGAAAAAAUCAGUAUGGUGAAAAUCUUCCUGCAGGACCUGAAGCUGCUGACUCUGCUACUGGAAUCCAACAGUGCAAAAGAUCUUGUCUGCCUCAUCAUUGGCUAUUACAGACUGUUUGUGGAUGCAAAUGUCUCCAUAUUUACCUGGGGAGAGAAAAAACAGCAGCUGCACCAUGUCUCAGCUGAAGAAGGCCACAUGAUGACAUCCCCAGAGGGUACAGACAACUCUUCCUGCACCCUAAAGAAACUAAGGUGUUACAGCCUGGGGGAAAACCUGAUGACAAAGCAGACAGCAAGUGAGAAGCACAGAAGGGAUAAGGAGCUGACACAUGCCAAGAGCCUGCAAAAGAGGAGAUCUUUCCUGAACACUGAUUAUACUUCACAGGUCACUUCUCCCUUAGCUUUGCCAGGCUCUCUGCAGAGCUGCUGCUCUUGGCCACUGCACUCACCACUGUUUGCUCAGCCUCCUGCUCUACCUUCCUUAGAGAGCAUCAAGAAUGAUGCAGAGGUGGGACGCCUUGCUGCCACCCAGGCCCCGAGGGAUGCUGCUGGCACAAACCUAUCUUCUGACCUGCUGGAAAUGGAGCCUGACACCAUGGAAACCAAAUCAGUGACUGAUUCGGUGGUUUCUUCCUUUUCAGCUGUUUGCCUGCAGGGUGACCAGCACAGGGAGGGGAGUGGAGGUGUUGCCAUGCAUGGGGACAAUGGCUGCCAACCUGCACAUGCUGUACAUCCAACUUUCCUGUCUCUAGAGGAAGCUGUGCCCCUUCCUGGGGGACAAAGCAGAGCUGCCAGGAAGGCAAAUACUGGGUGGCAAAGUGUGGAGAGCUGUGUGGCUGCCGCAGGCUGGCUGGCCCAAGUGGCACUAGAGGAGGUGGGUGAGGCAAUGGCAGCCCAGCAAAAGGCUGGUGAUGUACUGCCAUUCCUGGGCCAAGAUGUGACCUACCCUGCUGAUGAACACACCCUGCCACCAUCAGCUCAGGGUCCCAGUGUGGCUUCUCCCUGUGAGGUGGCCCAUUACCAGGAGCUGCUCCCCGCUGCUGGGAGGCGAGCAGCAUGUGAGGAGCUUGUCCCGACUCCCUGUGAAGAGAGAAAAGCUAACUGUGACAGCUGUACUGGAAACAGCAGUGACAGUGCCUUGUUACAGGCAAAAAGCAGAGAAGUGGUAAACAAGCAGAGUUUAUGGAAAGCGCACAAUAAAAAUCAUGUGGGUUUUCCAGAUGCAACCAAGCUCUUAACAGAUUGCAGCAGCAUUUCAGAGGUUAUAACUUGCCUCUCCUGGCUCUCAUUUGGAAUGAGGACAGACCUCACAUCACCCAGCCCAUCUCAGAAAAGCACAGAGCGCCCACUAGGGUUUUUGACCUCUCAGAAGACCAGUGGGUGCCUGGGGGCUGAUGCUGGCAGAAGGGAGAUGCAAACAUUCCCAGCUGGACCACCCUUUGAGGAAGAGCUGGUAAGCAGCCAGAGACUGGAUGAAGGAGAGCCCAGAAAAGAUGUAGGAAAUGUGACUCAUGAACAGCCACAGCCUGUUCAGACUCCUCUUCCCAGACAACAGGCUACUGAGGUAGGAAAAGACUGUCCUCUGACUCCAUCUCUAGGGCUUUCCGUUUCCUCGGACCCAAUUCCCUUGGUCUCAUUGAGAGCAGGAGACUGUGGGGUUUCAAAGCACUCCUUCCUCUGCUUUAACCACGCAAAGGAUGAACAGACCCCUUGUGACCCCAUCUUGGCCAGGCCUUUGAGUUUUUCCACAGUGAAGACCUCUCCUCCACAGCUCAGGAUGGACAAAUGCAGCUGUCAGCUGUCCUUUAUCAACUGCUUCCAUGGGCCUGAUGAGAAAAGGGAAUGUGAAACCACAAUCCCCAUGUGCAGCACGUUUCUGGGGCCCCUCACCAUCCCACCAUCCAGCAACCACAGUCUUCCUGGGACCCCUGUGGGCAGUUAUCCCAUCUCCCUUGCUAGGGAUGUGGCGUAGUGGGACCCGCAUGUCCAAGCUCUUGGCCAGCUGAAGGACCAAGCACGUAUGAGCCCUGCAGAUUUCUCCUGCUUCCUGGCCUACACCACAGAGCUUCAGGAGGUUGUGGGGAAGCUGUCUGGGAACCAAGCAACCCACAUGCAAGAUCAGUGUGCAGAGCAGGGCGCUGAGAGCAAGGGUGCCCUUGGCUUAGCCUGCCAGGACCUGCUGUCCAGCUGCCAGGAGCUCCUGAAAACAGAGCAGCCCCUCAAAGAGCUGCAGGAUGUGCUGCGAGUGACGUUCGACCACCUGGUUCAUCUGGCAGUGGCCUGCUUCCAGGUGACACACUGCCAGCUGUGCAGGCAGCAGCAGCCAGAGCUCAGGGCUGCAGUCCUUGACGUGGUGGGCACCUACCGCCAGCUUAUGCAGGCUGUUAACCAGCAGCUUUGCAGGCAGGGCUGCCCAGAUCUGGGUGCCAAGCUCCUUGCCCACCAAUACACAGCCUUUACAGCCGCCAUGUUUUGUCUCAUGCAGCAACUCAGGGUACCCCCAUUGUUUUGA